CUUCUCACUUACUUGACUUUUUUGUUUUUACUAUAAGAUUGCUGACUGACCAUUCGGAUUUAAGCUCUGUAGAAUGUCUUAGCUUUAAGAUUCAGAGAGCCACUGUGGGGGAAGCAGGAGAGAGAAGAUGUGUGGCUACAAGUCUGACUCCAAAGCGAAUGAAGAGACAGCCCAGGAGAGGUCUCAGAGAUGUGGGUUCAGGGUACACCAGAACCCUCCCUGGUUCCUGAAUAUCCUGUUGGCUGUGCAGCAUGUGGUGAUCCAGUCCUCUGUGCUGGUGUUGGUCCACAGCCUACUAAACCAAAACCUUCAGGAGGAAGGGGGAGAGUGGAGCCAAUACAAUUACCAGUUUAUGGCUACAAGCCUGUUCAGCUCUGGGAUCUCCACACUUCUGCAGACCAUGCUGGGGACAAGGCUGCCCCUGCUUCAAGCUCCCUCCAUGGAAUUCCUCAUCCCUGCAGUCAUACUGACCUCACAAAAGGACCACAGAGACAACAGGAACGGGACUGAUGUAAACUACACUUUACUGCAGACAGACAGUGUGAGCUGGAGUGAGCUGGUCAGAGAGCUCCAGGGAGCUGUUGUCAUAGCUGGAAUUCUCCAAAUUUUGCUAGGCCUGUCUGGUGUGUGUGGUGUACUGUCUCUGCACUGCGGGCCUCUGGUGAUUGCACCAACUCUCUUCAUCAUUGGCUUCUCCAUAUUCAAGGAGGCAGCUCUCUUCUGCUCUGCAAACUGGGGUAUCGCAGCACUUGUGGUGCUGCUGAUAAUCCUCCUGUCCCAGCACCUCCACUCCUGCUAUUUUCCUUUCUGGAGACCCAAGAGAGCCGAGGGCUCCUCCAGAUCUGUCCAAUACACACUCUGCAGAAUGCUCUCGAUCUUGCUGCCUGUUGUGUGUGUUUGGAUCGUGUGCACCUCACUGGAAGCCGCUCACAUUUUCGCUCAACAGCAUGUUGAAGAGCUGGCCUUCUCCAGGGACAGGAAUACCAGCAACCUCGUUCCCUGGCUCCGGAUCCCUUUUCCAGGUGAAUGGGGCCUGCCUCUGCUGACUGUCCGCUCGCUGGCUGCAGGGGUUGCAGCAGCUCUCUCCGCUGGGAUGUGCUCGCAGGAAUGCUACAUGGCGACAGCGAGGCUGCUGGAGGCCCCGCCCCCUCCACCACAGGCCUAUAACCGCGGCCUCUGCAUGGAGGGCCUGGGCAGCACCAUCGCGGGAAUGCUGGGCAGUGUUACCGGGGUAACCACCAGCGUGGCCAACGCCUGCGCCCAUGGGCUAAAUCAGUGUGGCUCAAGACAAAGCAUCCAGGUGUCGGCUGUGCUGUGUUUACUGCUGGGAGCGUCACCUAAACUGACACAACUACUGGCCACCAUUCCACUGGCUGUCCACGGAGGAAUUCUAAGUGUCACCUACACUGUUGCUAUAGCAACCGGCAUCACUUACUUCCAGAACACAGACAUGGACUCUGGCCGGAACAUCUUCAACAUCGGGUUCACUGUGUUCAUGGGUCUGUUGGUUCCACAAUGGGUGAGCAAGAACCCGGGCUGCAUCGUGACAGGUGUACAGAGCAUUGAUGUUCUAUUGCUGUCUCUCCUCACCAUUCCUGUGUUUCUGGGUGGAGUUCUAGCCUUUCUCUUAGACAACACUGUCUCAGGGACUGCACAAGAGCGAGGUCUUCCUGCUGAUGUGUCUGGGAGCAGAGCCUCAGCAGUGCCGGGAUACUCCGAGCAGCGAGCUCUCGUCUAUGGCUUGCCCUCCGGUGUUAGGAAGCUCCUGGCCCAUCGCCGCCUUGCAACCUUCCCUUUCUGCACAAUAAGUCCACCAGAGGAAGUGUCAACUCUGGAAGAAGUGACAUCGGCAGAAGAAAGGGCAGAUUUGCUCCUCUCCUGCGGGUCUGAGGGAGAGGCAACUCUAAACUGGCACAAGGAAAAGGUUCCCAAUUCUGAAUGAUAAGACUGGAAAGAUGCCAGACACUUCUUGGCACAUAUUGUCCCCUUACCUGUCAUUUGAGGGGUCCAGCAUUGACUGUUCUUUUAAUGUAUAUAACUGUUUGUUUCUACCUCUUGAAGGGAUACUGUCUGAACAGAUGGUGAGCAGUAGUGAGGAUAGGCAAACCUGACUCCUGUGGUCCAGUUGGGAGUAUUUUGAAAUCUAGAAUCUGCUGUAAAGCUUUCUGCUUCUGAGAUUGUCCUGUACUAAGACCUGUCCUGUAUAUUUAAAGAGUAAAUAGCUUCAAGUGUUGCUUUAAUUGCUUCUAUUUUACCACCCUUACAGGUUUUAAAUCAUUGUGAGCGACUUGGAGCUGCAUUGAAAUUGUCGGGAGAAUCCAGUGCCUGGACUAAUUAAAUAAUAUGACUAGAGCUGCACAGACCUGCAUCUUAACCUCAAGAGGCUGAUGCCAUUCACACACAGGCUCCUUUCAAGCUCAAUAAUAGUCUAUGGGGAUUCAAGCGUGAGUUAAAAAAUAGACAAAAAAACACCACCAGCCCUGUUUUGCACUGCAGCGUUUUAAACUUUGUGGGUUCGGAUCAUUCAAGGAAUUGAUUUCAGAGCCUAACUCCAUUCUAAUUGCUUUUCUCACUGUAUACAACAUUGACAAAUACAGCAGAGCCUGUCCUAUCUGAUUGAAUUGGUUGCAGAGGUCCAUUGGAUAUGUAUAAAUGUUGUAUUAUUAUUAUUUAUUUCUUAGCAGACACCCUUAUCCAGGGCGACUUACAAUUGUUACAAGAUAUCACAUUAUUUUUACAUACAAUUACCCAUUUAUGCAGUUGGGUUUUUACUGGAACAAUCUAGGUACAGUACCUUGCUCAAGGUUACAGCAGCAGUGUCCCCAACCUGGGAUUGAACGACCCUCCGGUCAAGAGUCCAGAGCCCUAACCACUACUCCACACUGCUGCUAUAUCUCCUAACUGCUGCUAUAUCUCAGAGGGAGUAGUUCUACUACAUUGUAGUUGCUUUAUUAUCAUCGGGGGAUUGUAAUAAUUAUAUAAUUAAACAAUGUCAAGUACAUCAGUGCAUCUAAAAACACCAAAGUACUAUUGCAUGUAUAGUAUACAACAUUAUUGCAAAACAAAGCACUGUAAUACAAUACAUGUAUUUGGCAAUUUAUAAAAUAUCAUUUCAAAAACCAGUUCUUGCCGUGCUGUCUCAGUCUAUAACAAAGUAAUCUGUGCUGUUAACCCAAGACAGAAACAAGAAAGCGCUCACACAAACACAAACUGGCUUUGGAUGUUUGCGAAAAAAUCUUGUUUUUAACGAUGCAGGAAUUAUAUGAAUCCCUUGCUUUCUUGUUUUCUUUUAUUUAACAGUUAGACUAGGCAGUUACGUGAAUUGACAGCAUGUAAAACAGGUGCAAACCAUUUUGAAAAUGGGUGCUAAACUGUUUUGAAAGUUAAGCACCAGAGAGACUACUGGUUUCAAAUGAUCAAACCCCGCCCUAAUCAAGCCCCCCUCCCAACUUCCCACACGACACGACCCUUCUCUCCUGUGUAUGUGGAUGAGAGUGAGGGGGUCAUGUGAGUAGUCCAGACCCAAUGAGAAACUAGCAUAAUGUAUGGUUGCUAAUGAAUUUAAAAAAAUGAAUAAAUACAAUAAAAUAAAAUAAAAUAAAAUAAUGUCUACUGGCUCCAGAAUGUAAUGUUGCUGGCACUAUAUGAGGUACCCUGGCGCUCAAAUCUAGCGCCAAAUAGGCAGUCUGUUCAGUCCUGGCACUUAGGAUUCUCUGGACAAGUUCAAAGCAAGCUCAAAACCAGGCAAAGGCAGAAUUAGAGACAAAGGAUAAAAACUCACAAUCGGCUAAAGAAGCACUGGGAAUGCUUGCAAAUGCCAUCUAGCAAUGAGAAGGGGAAAUAGAAUGAAAACUACCUUUCAAAUGAAACCUCCGAAAAACAGUGUAAGUAACAUUGCACAAAUAGAUUGCAAAAGCUAUACUGUACUAAUAAUGUAGAAAUACUAAUAUUUGACUAAUACAGUGAAUAUGUUAAAACCUAAUAAUCAAGCCUUAGCUGUGCACCCUAUGGGACAGAUGCAACUUGUAUAAGAAGAACUUCAGAAACACUGGGAAGGUUUUUCAGCCCAUCAAGGCUCCUCCAUUGCUAGCACACAUGUUGACCAGCUGUUACAACUUCACCUGGAAACAAUAUACAAGUCAUAGCUUCGAUGUGUUCUCUUCUACAACCGAAGUUUGAAAUGAGUACAGUACAAUUUUGCCUCCAGAAAAGCUGUUAAGGAGUGCUGUUGUGAAAACUCUUGUCUCCAGUUGAAAAUACAGAUUGCUUACCUGAAUUUGAGUCAAUUAAGUGGAACAUGCACUUAUCAGGAGGACAAUUAAGCAGCAUCUAUCUUUGUAAAAAGUAACUUCAAAUGACAUAAUAUUGGUUUUUGUCCUUACAUUGUUAGGAGAUUUGCCAUCAUAACGAGUAUCUUGUAAGUACAAUACUGAAAUGUAUGUAUAUUUUCUUAUACUACAUGGACAAAGGCUAUAGUUGCAUCCUGAGUCAUUAGGAAAAAAAGGCAUAAUACCACAGUAGUGACGUCAAAAAGUGAUAAUUCCUCUAGAGGAAAAUAUUCUUGAACUUUGACCCAUUCGAUUCCUCGAGACCAUCACUUUCAAUUCAAACACAAAAUCUCUCGUGUUCAAUCACUCGACAACACCCACAGUACAGAAAUGUUCAUUAAUGAUCAACAAAAUGAGAAUACGUUACAACAAUUAUAUAAAGCUGGUACAUUAGUAUCUCAGAGAAACUGUAAAGGAACGGGAAAUUAAAACAAGGUAAAGGCAAUCAUCCAAAUAAAGCUGAAGCACUAAUGGAUAACGACAUAGAACGUCUAUACAGCACUGAAACACUACUUUUAAAAAAACCCAACAGUACUGCUGAACCUCGUCUUCUUUAAUAUUAGCAUCACAAGGGUAUCCAUGUAUUAUAAAAAAUAAUAGAUGGUCCUCUUAAGUGAGUUACCAGAAAACAAUUCCAUCUCGGGUUUCUGUGACAGUUUAUAAAUUACUCGACCUUCCGUCUCGUAAUGUAUGACAUCACAGAAACCCUAGAUGGAAUUAUUUUCCUGUAACUCACU